CCGGGCAUGUGCUGAAUGUGCAGUUUGGCAAGCCCGCCGGCCCCGGCAUGGAGGAGCAGCCCAAGGCCACGUUCUCUUUCGGCGCGCCGUCCGCAUCGAAGGUCGACACCGCGCCCAAGGCCUUUGACUUCGGUGCCAACACGUCGAAGUCAGGCGAGACAUCUGCUACUACCGCGUCCAAGCCCUUCGACUUUGGUGCUUCAGCGCCCGCCGCCCCUACUACUAACGCAUCGCAGUCGUCCUUUAGCUUUGGAGCUUCGUCCGCUCCAACGGCCAAGCCGACUGAGACGCCCAUGGCUUCGCCGUUUUCCUUCGGCGCCCCUACUGCUCCAGCCGCGGACAAGGCGCCCGAGGCACCGAAGUCAGCGCCGUUCAGCUUCGGCGCGCCGUCCGCUACGGCCGAUGACAAGCCCUCUGAGCCCGCGAAGGCACCUUUCUCAUUCGGCGCUCCUUCAGCUCCCCCUGCAAACAAGCCCGCUGAACCCAAGACCGGCUUUUCCUUUAGCUCGGGCAGCUCUGCUACCGCGCCGACGGAGGCGCCAAAGCCUUUCUCGUUUGGUGCUCCCUCGACCACUGCCCCAGCUGGGGCUUCCAACGGCGACAAGCCCGGCUUUUCUUUCGGCGCGCAGUCUUCUACUCCUGCUGCCGGCUCCGGGUUCGGUACCCCCGGCGCCUCGGGGAACACGGGCUUCAACUUUGGCGGAGAGAAGAAGGCCGACACGCCCACUCCGCAGGCCGCGCCAGGGUCUACCUCGACCUUCUCAUUCGGCAACAGCUCGGCUCCUCCUGCCAGCGCAGGUUUUGGCGCUGCCAAUACAAACGGUGACGCGAACAAGCCUUUCAGCUUUGGUAACACGUCGAGCACUCCUGCUCCGGCUGCGGGCUUCAACUUUGGCUCCAACUCGUCUGCUUCCACCAUGGGCACUACCGCUCCUACUGGCUUCGGCGCGUCCGUGACCUCGCCAACAACCGGAACCGGAACGGGCGGGUUCGGGGUGUCGUCUCCCGCUACAGGCUUUGGUUCUGCGUCCACCUCGAGUGCUAAUCAGACGAGUAAGCCGGCCUUCUCCUUCGGCAACAGCUCCGCUGCACCCGCCGCAAGCGGGUUUGGUAGCACCAACUCGGGCUUUGGCUCCACCCCAGCAGCAUCGUCUGGCUUUGGCGCCCCCGCCCCGGCAUCGGGCGGUUUCAACUUCGGCUCGACUGGUAACAACUCAAGACCGGGCUCCUCUUCUGCCGCACCGACAUUCAACUUUGGCGCGACCUCGGGCACGUCUACGCCCACAGGCGCGGCUCCCACUUCUGGGUUCCAGUUCGGCGCGCCAGCGGCCUCGUCAUCGACCAACGCACCUUUCCAGUUUGGCACACCUUCCGCUACCCCGGCCGCCCCCGCUUUUGGUAGCAACCCUGCGCCCGGAUCUACAUUCGCUUUCGGCGCACCUGCAUCCGCCGCCAGCGCACGCUUUGGCUCCCCCGCACCCGGAGCUGGGGCGCCUGCCGAGGGAUUUAGCAUGGGCAUCGGGACUGAGACCCCUGGAUCGCCUGGCGGCAGGAAGAUCAAACCUCUCCGUCGCGGCGCAGUUAAGCGCUAAUACAAGUCGACGUUAGAAGUAUAUUGGCAUUGUAGUCUGUCCAUUGCAUGCAUCAACUCUCGAGUGCGAGCAUUCUUGGUGGUACAGGAUUGUGCUGUUAGGGCCUGGGAAUAGGUCCGGCAUGGUCAUCCAUACAGUGGCACCUGCC